UUUUUCUUAUCCCAGCUUUUAUUCAUUUGAAGAAAGCCUCGGGUUUUGCCAACUUUCUUCCACCAAUAUUCGAAGAUUGUGUUUCUUAAAAAAAAAAAAAACAGGUAUACCAAAAUAAAAAACACAGAUCUUUGGCAGCUUUGUUCCAAGUUAUAAUUGUUUUUUUUUUUUUUUUUUGUGUUGAGAGAUGAUCUCUGAUUUCACCUACGAUAUUUGAUCCAAUUGAUUCAGAGUGCCAUGGAACUCUUCGAAAAGGCCAAAAUGGUACGUCUCCGGAGCCACCACGAGAAGUACCUAUUGGCUGACGAUGAUGAAGAAACUGUGUGUCAAGAUCGCAAUGGCUCGGUCAUGAAUGCUAGAUGGACCGUGGAGGUCGUUAAGAACGCCAACGUUUUACGUUUCAGAAGCUGUUAUGGGAAGUAUUUAACAGCCUCCAACAUGCCAUUUCUGUUCGGAAUGACAGGCAAGAAAGUCCUACAAACACUGCCACAGAGAUUGAAUUCGUCGUUGGAAUGGGAGCCCAUUAGAGAAGGUUUCCAGGUCAGGCUCAAGACGCCUUAUGGCCAAUACUUGCGCGCAAAUGGUGGGGUUCCACCUUGGCGGAACUCGAUCACGCAUGAUAUUCCACACAGAACUGCAACGCAGGAUUGGGUUUUGUGGGAUGUGGAUGUGGUGCAGAUUCGAGUGCAAUCUAGUCCACCGCGUCAGUUACCGCCAUCACAACCGGCCGUUAGUCAAGUGGAUUCCACAGAUUCAGACGCAAGCGCCAAAAUUGAACUCGUGUCCCCAAAUUUUAGAGAGGAGAUAAGUGACGAAUCACAUAGUUCGCCGGUGAAAGCCGAGGGGAGGAUUAUCUAUUAUAACGUGGGUAAGGAAAAUGGAGAUGUUACUGAUGAAUCUGGAGGACUCUCCUUUACAUUCAGGGGGAAUGGUGUGGAGGAGUUGAAGAAAAAGUUGCAGGAAGAGACAGGACUCGGUGAUAUUCUCGUAUGUUCUCGCAAUCCCUUGAAUGGCAAACUUUAUCCCCUUCGCUUACAUCUUCCUCCCAACAACACUGAAAUGCAUGUUGUUGUUGUUCCCUCAUCGUCAGAAUGAAAGUUUUUCAAACAUGGUGUGUGAAUGUAUGGAUGUAUGUAUAUAUUCUCAUUAAAGGAGAUAACUUUUCUCGUGUUC